AUUCAUACAGAAACUCCCUGCUACCUCUGAAUUAAUUCUAAUUUUAUUGUUCUGAGUUACAUAUCUUCCUAUCUUUCUUGCUGUUUGUGUAUCUAGUCUGUAUGGAUGAUGCUGUCAGUUCUUCAAAAGACUUUGUCUACGAUAUCGGUCGCUCUUGACUUGAAGCCAUCCCAUUUCUUUAGUCCGUGAUGUACAGCUAACGUAAGCUUCUUUGACUUCCAAACCCAGAAGUUACUUGCUGAAUCGCAAUCAGAUUCCUCUGCAAGUCACUACUACCUGGGUAUUUAUAUAAACACCAAGAUUGCUUUUCUUUGUUCUGAUCAUGUGGAGAUUCAAGGGUGCCUUGAAGACUUGAAGUAAAUAAAUGAGCUGUGAUGGCAACAAGAAACUGAAGGAAUAAGGCAAGAGAGGCGUCUAAUCGUGUCACGAACAAGAACUUCCAAACCUUGAUAGCAAGAGAUCUGCAUAUAUGGGCUCCUAUGAUGAUUCUCCACCAGUGAAGGAGCUGAACCUGAACGGACCAGGUUUUCCUAUAAGAUUGGAACCAUUGCGUGCUAAUGGCUGGCUCCAUGACAUGAAGGUGUCCUCACCUACUGCUUCCCCUAUGAACAAUGAUAUUUCUGGCACAUUGUUCAAUCCGGUUUACCGAGCUUGGAUCAAGAAGUAUCCUUCAGCUCUAAAUGUGUUUGACAAAAUUGUUGCCUGCGGCAGAGGCAAGAAGAUCGCGCUAUUCUUAGACUAUGAUGGCACCCUUUCUCCAAUCGUUGACGAGCCUGACAAUGCUGUCAUGUCUGAUCAGAUGCGCGAGGUGGUGAGAAAUGCUGCCAUACAUCUCCCCACUGCGAUUAUCAGUGGAAGAGCUGUUGAUAAGGUGUUUGAUUUUGUUAAACUGACAGAACUAUACUAUGCUGGUAGCCAUGGAAUGGACAUUAUGGGUCCAGUGGGGAAAUCUAGUAGUGUUGCUGACCAUAGAAGCUGCACCAACUCCAACAAGGGCAAGGAGGUGAAGAUUUUCCAGGCUGCUACCGAAUUCUUACCGGUGAUCGAAGAGGUUUUUAGACUGCUCGUUGAAAGUACAAAGGGAAUUCAUGGUGCAAAAGUUGAGAACAACAAGUUCUGUGUGUCGGUACACUACCGCAAUGUCGAUGAGAAGGAUUGGACGCUCGUUGCACAGUGCACAGAUGACAUCCUCAAGAUGUACCCUCGUCUGCAACUUUGUCAUGGACGAAAGGUUCUUGAGGUUCGUCCAGUGAUAGACUGGAACAAGGGGAAGGCUGUGGAGUUCUUGUUGGACUCCUUGGGGUUAGCUCACAGCGACAGUGUGCUCCCCAUCUACAUUGGAGAUGACCGUACCGAUGAGGAUGCAUUCAAGGUCCUUCGAGACUGUAAACAAGGUAUUGGAAUUCUGGUGUCAUCUGUACCAAAAGAAUCCCAUGCCCUUUAUUCUUUAGUAGACCCAUCUGAGGUGAUGGACUUCCUGAAGAGAUUGAUGAUAUGGAAGGAGCAAGAAGCAACAAGUAGAUGAUAUGUCUGUUGUUAACUUUAGGGUAGAUUUCUAACAAAAGAAUAAUUAAAAUGACAAGUGUUGAAUAAUAUCUAAUGGGCUAUUCUGUCCCUAAAGCAAAUCCUUUUCUUAGACUGGCAAACCAUUUUAUAGUGUAAAAAGAAUGCACACCAUUCUAUACCAGUUGUUUGGUUCUUUGAACAAUGAUCCUCAGUUGUGUAUAUGUCAUAGAUGUAAAUGCAACUGAGAUUCGUUUGAACUAUGGGAGAUUACGUGGUGCAUUUUCUUCA